AUGGCCCCCAUGUAUGCCAAUUCAUACAUGUACCAGUUCGAAAAAGAAUAUAUCUUCAAGAGACAUUCAAAACUUAUUUUAAAAUACUUUCGGUAUAUAGAUGAUAUACUGAUCUUAUGGAGAGGUACUAUAGAAGAAGCACAAAAACUAGUGGAAGACAUUAAUGGAUCAGAUACCCCGAUUUUUGUGACAUCACACAUUCAUCAAUGUCAGACACAAUUUUUGGAUCUGGAAAUCCGAGUGGAACAAGGGAGAAUAGAGUACCAAAUGUAUACGAAACCUACAGAUAGAAACACCUUGCUCCAUUAUGAAAGUGCUCAUCCCAAACAUGUCAAAGAUUCAUUGCCGUUCUCCCAGUUCUUAAGAGUUAUAAGAAAUAACUCGGAUAUCACUCGUUGUGAGGAACAAAUACAGCAAAUGUAUAAUAAAUUUACACAGAGAGGAUACACACGAGGGAUACUUGAUAAAGCACUUACAAAAGCUAGGGAUCGAAUGGCUGGUGGAGUGACACUAUCUCGGAAUAAUAAAGAUCGAAUUCCUUUUCCGAUGACAUACAAUGCCUCUACCACUCAAAUCUGCCAUGAAAUUAACACGAAUUGGCGUCUUAUGGAGAAUGAUGUGAGUCUUCCAGAGAGUUUCCGCAAUAAGCCACUGUUUUCAUAUAAGAAUAAUAAAAGCUUACGUGAUCUUCUUGUUCAGACUGAUCCAAUCCGUAGCUACCUUCCAGAGAUUAAGAGUAAUACCAACAAUGGAUGUGUAAGAUGCCUUGGUUGUGUAACUUGUGGACACCUCAUCCCUUGCAAAAGUUUCAAUCAUCCACACACGGGACAAAUAUUUAGAAUACAACAUAGAAUCAAUUGUCGGACUGACUUUGUUAUUUAUAAGUUGUCCUGUCCUUGUGGGCUUAAUUACGUUGGAAAAACAGAGACCGCCCUCUGUGAGAGGAUAAGAGGACAUAGGUCUAGUAUUAGAUUAGCCUACAGGGAUAAUAAGUCUGACAAACCGGUCGCACGACAUUUUUUGGAAAAAGGUCAUCCCCUCACAUCAUUGAAAUGUGUGGCGAUAGACCAUGUCCCAGUUUCUAGAAGAGGUGGCAAUAGACAAGAAAGACUUUUGCAAAGAGAAACAUGGUGGAUCAAGAAACUGGGAACUCUAGCUCCAAAUGGACUAAAUGAAAAACUGUCCUUUGUUGCCUUUUUAUAAUAAAAAAAAGGGGGAGUGUGAUAGUGGGAUGACAACUAGAAUACAUUGUGGUCCUGCUUAGAUGAAUGCCAGCCCCUUUUUGAAUUUUUCAAUUCUUCUACUUUUUAAAUCAUUGUUUAUUAUUAGAUACAUUUUAUGUUGAGAAUUUGUCAUGCUUCAGACUUUUCCAUAUUGGGACUUCCAAUCCAGGUUGUGCUGAAUCGUCCACGUAUGAUAUGCCCUUUUCCUGUUUGGGGUUUUUAUUGGUACAAUAAGGGACUUACCUGUGUCCUUUUGUUAGAUGUUCUGUCCAAUAGGGAUUUAGGACAUAGAUGACUAUAUGAAUUUAUGGAUUGGCAUGGAGUUAAUCUUGGAUUCUAGGCACUGUUUCACUUUAAUUAUUGAUAUUGUUUAUUAUUGUUUUUUACGCAAAUAUAUGCACGUGCACUUUAAAGUUUGGAUAGAUGUAUAAUCGAUUAUGAGUUUGACACAUGAUUAAGGAUACAUCCCUAUGGAUGUCCAAAUAUGAAUAUUACCACAAUCAUAUACACAUAUUGGCAAUGACAUUAUUGUCUAUUUUUAUAACACCUUGCUUAAGGUUUUUUCACAGUAUGUUAAUUGCUAGCUCAGUAUGUCAUUGGUGGGUUAGUUAUAAUUUUUAUAGAACAUGGGAUUGUUGUUUGGAUCUUAAAUAUUGGUGUCGUCACUACUGUAUUCACAUAGAGGUGGAUAGUACCAUUAACCGUUGGUUUUUAUGAUAGGAUUUAGGGGUUUGUUUUGUAUAUGUGGCCUUUUCUUCCCCUCUCUCUAGAUUCUAGUAUAUACACAGGUUACAGCUUUAAUUCCUUCCUUGGUGGAGGAUAGAUGUAGAGACCGGAAUAUCCAAGCUAGAUACGCAUGCGUCCGGUAUUACUAUGACUACGGACGACGCAGCCAUUCAGGAAGUAACUGA